UAUUUCCCGGAAGUGACGCAGGCGCUGAUUUGUGUUUGUUUUCCUGACAGUCGCGGCCGUGUUGCGCUUCAAACUGCCAGAAAUCAGCCAGACACACAGAUGGAGCAGCAGGCCAAGCCGUACAUGUUUGCGAGCCUGACGCGUCCUCACUCCGAGCAGCUCCUGCAGGGUCUGCAGCUCCUGAGGCAGGACCACGAGCUCUGCGACAUCGUGCUGCGGGUCGGAGACGCCAAGAUCCACGCUCACAAAGUAGUGCUGGCCAGCAUCAGCCCGUACUUCAAGGCCAUGUUCACCGGAAACCUGUCUGAGAAAGAGACGUCUGAGGUGGAGUUCCAGUGCGUGGACGAGGCCGCUCUCAAGGCCAUCGUGGAGUACGCCUACACGGGAACCGUCUUCAUCUCACAGGAAACGGUGGAGUCUCUGCUUCCUGCCGCCAACCUGCUGCAGGUCAAGCUGGUUCUGAAGGAGUGCUGCAGCUUCCUGGAGAGUCAGCUGGACGCGGGCAACUGCAUCGGCAUCUCCCGCUUCGCCGAGACCUACGGCUGCCACGAGCUGUGUUUGUCCGCCAGCAAGUUCAUCUGCCAGCACUUCGAGGAGGUGUGCCAGACCGAGGAGUUCCUGGAGCUGACCCGCGCCGAGCUGGACGAGAUCGUGUCCAAUGACUGCCUGAACGUGCUGACGGAGGAGAGCGUCUUCUGCGCGCUGGAGUCCUGGAUCAAGUACGAUCUGAGCGAGAGGCAGCAGUACUUGGCGCAGCUCCUGCACUGCGUGCGGCUCCCGCUGCUGAGCGUCAAGUUCCUGACCAGACUCUACGAGGCCAAUCACCUGAUCCGAGACGACCACGCCUGCAAGCACCUGCUCAACGAGGCGCUCAAGUACCACUUCAUGCCCGAGCACCGGCUCUCCUACCAGACUGUGUUGUCCACCCGGCCGCGCUGCGCUCCCAAAGUCCUGCUGGCCGUCGGAGGAAAGGCCGGGCUCUUCGCCACGCUGGAGAGUAUGGAGAUGUACUUCCCGCAGACGGACUCGUGGAUCGGCCUGGCUCCUCUCAGCGUGCCGCGGUACGAGUUCGGCGUGGCGGUUCUGGAGCAGAAGGUGUACGUAGUGGGCGGCAUCGCGACUCACAUGCGUCAGGGCAUCAGCUACCGGCGGCACGAGAGCAGCGUGGAGCGCUGGGACCCCGACAGCAACACCUGGGCCUCGGUGGAGCGCAUGGCCGAGUGCAGGAGCACGCUGGGGGUGGUGGUGCUGGCGGGCGAGCUGUACGCCCUCGGAGGCUACGACGGACAGUACUACCUGCAGUCGGUGGAGAAGUACGGGCCCAAGCUCAAGGAGUGGCAGCCGGUGGCACCCAUGACCAAAUCACGCAGCUGCUUCGCCACCGCCGCGCUCGACGGCAUGAUCUACGCCAUCGGAGGAUACGGCCCCGCUCACAUGAACAGUGUGGAGAGAUACGACCCCAGCAAAGACUCCUGGGAUAUGGUGGCUCCGAUGGCUGAUAAGCGCAUUAACUUCGGCGUGGGCGUGAUGCUGGGCUUCAUCUUCGUGGUGGGAGGACAUAACGGCGUGUCUCAUCUGUCCAGCAUCGAGCGCUACGACCCUCAUCAGAACCAGUGGACGGCCUGCCGCCCGAUGAGCGAGCCGCGCACCGGCGUGGGCUCUGCCGUGGUGGAUAACUACCUCUAUGUGGUGGGCGGUCACUCGGGCUCGUCGUAUCUGAGCGCGGUGCAGCGGUACGACCCCAUCACGGACGGCUGGCAGGACUCCAGCGGGAUGAUGUACUGCCGCUGUAACUUCGGCCUGACCGCGCUUUGACCCCGGGCGCCCGGCUGACCGGCAGAGACGCGAGGGGAACUGGCUUUGUUUCUGGAGUGUGUGUUCCGCUCGUCCGGCCGGUGCUGGACACGGAGAGAUGACAGACACGCGGCGCUGAAGCAGCGCUCUGACCAACACCAGAGCCUUCCACUGACCCUCGGAGGACCAGAGCACAGCGCCCGCUCUUCCCCUUUACAUUUCAAGGCUUCUGAUGAGGGACGCACAUGCGGGAGUGUGUGUGUGUGUGUGUGUGUGUGUGUGUGAGACGUGCAUGAGCUGAAUCGGCUCUUUGCUCUGGAGGAGAAGCGUGAGACUCAUGAUAAGGGCUGCCUUCUGUCCUCUACAUACAGCUCUGUGUGUGUGUGUGUGUGUGUGUGUGUGUGUGUGUGUGUGUGUGUUUGUCCAAACCACUGCACUGACCGUCUGACCGUGUGUGUUUGCGUCACACACUCAUCUUCUGUCUUUCUGCUGGAAACGAGUGAAUCUCACCAGAAUUCAUGCAGCUCAUGUUUCACACAAAGUCCGUUACAUUUUGCUGAAAAACUAAAAAUUCUUUGCAUUUUUUUUUCUUUGCAAAGUCCAAAUAUUUUAAUGAAAGAUGAUGAAAAAAAAAAAAGACAUUUUUUCUGCAGCAUUAAAAUAUUGUGCUGAAAGACAAAACACUUUUUUUGUUUUUAUUAUUUUUACUUUUUUUUUUUUUUUGCAAGAUCAAAAUAUUUUUCUGAAAGACAAAAAAAAGUUUUGUUUUUGCGAAGGUCAAACAGGUCAAAAAAAAAGUUACAGUCAAAAUAUUUUGUUGAAGGACGGAUAUUAUUUAAUUUAUUUUUAUACUAAUUGUACAGAUAUUUAGUUGAUUUCUCACUAAAAUGUGCUGCUUGAAACACUACAGCUAUUUAAAUGGUCGAGUAUCACAUUUCUAAAAAUUCCAAUCUGUCAUUUUUCCUUCUCUGUAUUUUCCUGGAAGAUUGUGAUUUAAAAAAAAAACGGUGCAAUGUAAAAAUCUGAAAUGUGAGCUGGACGUAAUCCUGACGGGUUACUGAGAUUCUCGUGUGUGUGUGUGUGUGUGUGUGUGUGUGUGUGUGUGUGUGUGUGUGUGUGUGAACACUCAUACUGACUGGUGCUACUUUCCUCUCCAGGAUCGUGUUUUAUUUCCGUCACGGUGUGAAUCUUGUUUUUUCUGUUCCUGUGGCGUAGAAGCAUCACGCAGGAACGCCGCUGGUUGGAGUCGAGUGUGUGUGUGUGUGUGUGUGUGUGUGAUGUCAGACGCCGGUCACAUGGUGCCAAUCAUCCACACGUCUCCAGAUCUCCAUCAUUUCGCGGUCGAGCGUUCUUCACAUCUGCUCGUGGAGAUACUGAAGCUCUGCACUUACCAAACCAUUUUCUACUGUGUAAAUACGACCUUUGAGUUCCUCUGAGGCAAUAAGACUUUCUCUUCAACUCGUUAUUUUUUAUUUUGGUCAUUAAUUGCCAAGGUGUUUUGGGAAUCCUGUGACUGACCUUAACGGCGCUUCGUUUCUUCAUGUUGCUCGUUCUUCUGGAUUUCGACACUUUUGAGGUUCAUUUUGGGUCCGAUCUGCGUGUUCUGGAUCGCUCCGACGCCGAGCGCGUGACGUCUCUGGGUCCAGAACGUUCGCUGUAGAUCUUCAUCCAGAGGCACAAAGGGAACACGCGCUCAUCCGAAGCAUCUGCGUUUGAUUAGCAAUAAGAAAUCCGUCCUCUCAUCCACGAAUGUCCAUCAGCGUCGCUCUGCAGCAGAUGAUGGCGUGAGGUUCUUCUCUCCUGAAGCGUGUUCAGAUCCAGACGAUGGUGAGAAGAUCAUGCGGGAUCGAGGUGUUUGUUCGCUCUCACCAAAGUGCUCGUCUCACGAGGGAAUCAGAAUCAGUCCAGAAUGACUUCCUCAUUGUCUUAAACUUUUUGAUAGUUUUUCCUGACGAUGAUGAUGAUGAUGAUGAUGAUGACGAUGACGCCACAUUUUCUUUUUCUGUCCGUCUGUUUGGCUUGUGUUUGAAAUAGAGUGACUUUUUAUAAACCUGUGGGUUGUUACUGGAACUAAACCGAUAACCUUAGCUACAAACGCAGUAUUUAUUUUUCACGAGCGUUGAGAGCGUAGCGUACUUCUGCCAGUUUAUUUAUGUGUGUGUCGCAGCUCAACCAGUCAAGAAAUAAAGGCCUGGAACUGA